AUCGUUUUCGUCUAGUGCUAGAAAAGCUAUUUCUCCUGGGGCUGAACGUUUGCAGCGGUGUACACUCGCGAAGUUUUAUUCAUAUUUCUGCUUUCGAAUUAAAAAAAAAAUAAAAUAAUUUCAUAAUUCCAGAAUAAAACAUCUAAUUUUAAAACACUAAAAUGGCUUUAGUUUGUGCUAUUACAAACGAAGUGCCAGAAACACCAGUUAUUUCACCACAAUCUGGAGCAAUAUUUGAAAAAAGAAUUAUCGAAAAAUACAUUGCCGAAAAUGGAUGCGAUCCAAUUACUGGCAAAGAAAUCAAAGUCGAAGAACUGAUUGAAAUCAAGACACCGCCAAUUGUCAAGCCAAAACCGCCAAGUGCCACAAGCAUUCCAGCUACUCUAAAAACAAUGCAAGAUGAAUGGGAUGCAUUGAUGUUGCACUCAUUCACUCAACGCCAGCAAUUGCAAAUAGCUCGUCAAGAACUUAGCCAUGCUCUUUAUCAGCAUGACGCAGCUUGUCGUGUAGUAUCGAGGCUAACAAAAGAGGUGGCUGCAGCCAGAGAGGCUUUGGCUACGCUAAAGCCUCAAGCUGGUAUUGCAACACCUUCGACUAUACCACAGCCUGCUAUUGCUGCUGAAGCAGCUGGCGUUGCUACUCAGCCAAUUGAACAAGCUGGAAUGAGUGCUGAGGUUAUUCAGAAAUUGCAAGACAAAGCCACUGUGCUAACUCAGGAGCGCAAGAAACGUGGCCGAACCGUGCCCGAAGAACUCAUUACCCAGGAUCAAAUAAAGACUUUCCUUACUGUAGCUUCACAUCCCGGAUUGCAUUCGGCAUCUGUGCCAGGUAUUUUAGCUCUCGACAUUAACAGUGCUGAUCAUAGUAAGAUUUUGACUGGAGGCAAUGAUAGGAAUGCAACUGUGUUCAAUAAGGACACUGAACAAGUUGUUGCUAUUCUUAAAGGACAUACUAAAAAGAUUACUAAAGUUAUCUAUCAUCCUGAUGAAGAUACUGUUAUAACAGCUUCUCCUGAUAUGUGCAUUCGUAUAUGGAACGUUCCAACCAGUCAGACUCAACUUUUGUUGCGGUGUCAUGAUGGUCCCGUCACUGGACUAUCGCUUCAUCCAACUGGAGAUUAUGUUCUUUCAACAUCUUCAGACAAACAUUGGGCUUUUUCUGACAUUCGAACUGGAAGACUCUUGACUAAGGUAAUGGACACAGCUGAAGUUGGUCUCACAACAGCACAAUUUCACCCCGAUGGACUGAUUUUUGGAACAGGCACUGACGAUUCUCAAGUUAAAAUUUGGGAUUUAAAAGAACAAAGCAACGUUGCCAAUUUUCCGGGGCAUACUGGCCCAAUUUCAGCAAUUUCUUUCUCUGAAAAUGGUUACUAUUUAGCAACAGCCGCAGACGAUGCAUGUGUUAAACUAUGGGAUUUACGCAAACUUAAGAAUUUCAAGACAAUCCAAUUGGAAGAUGGUUACGAAGUUAAAGAUUUAUGUUUUGAUCAGAGUGGAACUUAUCUGGCCAUUGCAGGAACUGAUGUCAGGAUUUAUUUGUGCAAGCAGUGGCAAGACUUGAAGGUAUUUAAUGAUCAUACAGCACUUGCAACAGGAGUGCGUUUCGGAAAACAUGCCCAAUAUUUGGCUUCGACAAGCAUGGACCGUACACUUAAAUUAUAUGCUAUCGAAUAAUUUUACCCGACAAUUUACCGUAUUGCAUUACUUUUAAUAAUUAAUGUUAACUUUAAAGGAGACAAAUAAAAUAUAAAAAAAAACAAGGUAUUACACUUAUAA